CCUGUACGACAGUGAAUUGUUUAGCGUGAGUCGAGUGUAUUUGCUUCGUAACGCGACUUCAAAGUUGCUGAGAAAUAUUGUGGUUGUUUUCAGUUUUAGUGUACUGAAACCUCGAAACUAUGGCACGCCGGUAUGACACGCGAACAACAAUUUUUUCUCCUGAAGGUCGACUUUAUCAAGUUGAAUAUGCAAUGGAAGCAAUCAGCCAUGCUGGCACUUGCCUGGGAAUUUUAGCCAAUGAUGGAAUUUUGUUAGCUGCUGAGAGAAGAAAUACAAACAAACUUCUUGAUGAAGUUUUUUUCUCAGAGAAAAUAUACAAACUUAAUGAUGAUAUGGUAUGCAGUGUGGCAGGCAUAACGUCAGAUGCUAAUGUACUUACAAAUGAACUUAGGAUGAUAGCUCAGCGUUACCUGAUCCAGUAUGGAGAAUCAAUCCCGUGUGAACAGCUAGUUUCCUGGCUCUGUGAUGUUAAGCAAGCUUACACACAAUAUGGAGGUAAACGUCCAUUUGGUGUUUCCAUUCUGUAUAUGGGAUGGGACAAGCAUUAUGGUUACCAGCUAUAUCAGUCUGACCCUAGUGGAAAUUAUGGUGGUUGGAAGGCAACAUGCAUUGGAAACAAUAGUGCGGCUGCUGUAUCCAGUUUAAAGCAGGAGUACAAGGAAGGUGAAACAACACUGAAGGAUGCCCAGGCCUUAGCUAUAAAAGUCCUUAGCAAAACUCUGGACAUGACGAAACUUACUGCAGAAAAGGUUGAAAUGGCAACACUGACACGUGAAAAUGGGAAAACAAAAAUAUGCAUCUUACCAGCUAAAGAAGUAGAAGAUUUAAUAGCAGCAUUUGAAAAGGAAGAGGCAGAAGCAGAAGCAGCAAGAAAGGAAAAACAAAAGUCAUAAAAUAAUUUUAUUUCUAAUUGUUAUAUUUAAAUUUUUCUGAAGUACAGUUUUCCAGAAAUAUAAAAAAUAUUCUUUUGCACAA